GGCGUGUGAAGGGUCAUGACCUCGCACAUUACGGGCGUGGGCGCGAGGAGCAGCAGUAGUAGCAGCAGCAGAAGCAGCCUCGUCAGCAGCCCCUUCAGCAGUUUGCGACGUGGGGACACAAGUUUUGGGAGUGGCAGUGGAGGCGGCGGCAGCGGCGGGGCGAAGGAGUUCCGGGCCUCCCGCUGGUGGCUGGACAAGGCACUGGCAAACAAGCACGCCGCAACCCGUUCCAAUCCAUCAUCGUCUUCUACAAUGUCAGCCAUGGACUACACUUACAGCAGAAGUGAAAACCUGAGGAGCCAUGACAACAUUCUGUCAUCUAUUGGCAACACACCGUUAGUAAAGCUCAACAACAUACCCAAGAGCUUUGGCCUCAAGUGUGAUGUGUAUGCAAAAUGUGAAUUCUUCAAUGCUGGAGGCAGUGUGAAAGAUCGCAUUGCCUUGCGCAUGGUGGAAGAUGCGGAGAAGAAAGGCCUCAUCACUCCGGGGAUGUCUGUUCUCAUUGAGCCGACAUCCGGAAACACAGGUAUUGGUCUGGCACUGUGUGGAGCAGUCAAGGGAUACCGGUGCAUAAUUGUAAUGCCAGAAAAGAUGAGUAAUGAAAAAGUGAACAUUCUACGAGCUCUGGGUGCUGAGAUUGUCCGCACCCCAACCUCUGCCUCUUGGGACUCCCCAGAAUCCCAUAUAUCAGUAGCCAAGAGGUUAGAGAAGGAAAUUCCUGGAGCAAUUAUCCUCGAUCAGUACAAAAAUUCUGGUAACCCCAUGGCCCACUAUGAGGGGACCGCUGAAGAGAUCCUGCAGCAGACCGGAGGGAACAUUGACAUGCUUGUUGCUGGCGCUGGCACGGGAGGAACCAUCACGGGGAUUGCUAGGAAAUUGAAGGAAAGAAUUCCAGAUUGCAAGAUCGUUGGAGUGGAUCCAGAAGGCUCCAUACUUGCUGUUCCUGAGGAAUUGAACAAAUCAGAUGUUACCGGCUAUGAAGUUGAGGGUAUUGGCUAUGACUUCAUUCCAAACGUUCUUGAUCGUGAUGUAGUUGAUGUAUGGAUCAAGUCAAAUGAUAAAGAGUCAUUGAAUAUGGCUCGUCGGCUGAUCAAAGAAGAAGGGUUGCUGUGUGGAGGUAGCUGUGGAGCAGCCAUGGAAGCUGCAAUGACAGCAGCAGCAGAACUGGAGGCUGGACAGAGUUGUGUGGUGGUUUUACCCGAUUCCAUCCGCAACUAUAUGACCAAACACUUGUCAGACAAAUGGAUGAUAGAGAGAGACUUUAUCAAAGAAGAAGAAGACACAAAGAAUAAACACUGGUGGUCGAAUUUGAAAGUGUCAACACUGCAUCUUCCAGCACCUUUGACAGUUUUGCCAACCAUUGCCUGCCAAGAUGCCAUUGCCAUCAUGCAAAGGGAGGGCUAUGACCAGCUCCCAGUAGUGGACCAAGAAGGAAUGAUUCGAGGAGUGGUAACUCUAGGAUCCCUGAUGGCCAAGAUUUUAUCCGCCAAGGUUGAAGGGUCCAGUCCAGUCCAGCAGUCUCUCUACUCACAGUUCCGCAAGAUCAAGCUGGAAACAACCCUUGGAAAGCUGUCCCGUAUCUUAGACCGUGACCACUUUGCCCUAGUUGUUCACACUCAGCGGUUGUGCAGGGGACACCCUGGUAAGAUCCCUGUUAUUUGUGAAGCUUACAGCCCAAUUAUUAAUUUUCUACGCCUUUAAUGAUAUUGCUUCCAUUCCAGUAAUAUCACUUAAUUUCUGGCAUUCAUCAUAAAGGUGUAUAUAAUUGUUAUCCAUAAGCUCAUGCUACAUACACACAUGAGGGGGGUGAAUACCAGUCUGAGAUGGGCAUAUUAAAUAAUGAACAAAAAAAGCAAAAGAUGCAAAAAAAAAAAAAAAAGCUUUGGAGUACAGUUGGCUGCCAGUUCCUCAGGUUUCAGUGUUUUGAGCAGCAAGAACAAAAAAUCACACACAAACUGCCUUUUCAUAUGCAAAAGCUCAUGGUAAAAGGAUAUAUAAGAUCAUACAUUUCAUGAGUGGCUGCUAGAUGGCAACGCUGAUUCUUUAUUAAUUUUUAAUCUGAUCCUAAUUUAAAUUCUCUCAGUAUUUUAAGAUUUAUAUACUUUGAAAUUGAUCAAGAUGUUUGAUAGGUAUGUUUGUGGAUGAAAACAAACGAUUGACACUCAUGGCAUACCACUGCCACUUAAAUUAUGUGUAUACUAACAUUAGUACAGACAUUAUGAAGCCGAGUUACCAGCCUUGGGAAGGAGUAGCCCUAGUUGAUAGAUUACACCUCUUUCUCAUGGAUUGUUUUGUACUGCUUGUGCAUCUUGGAUCAGCCCUUCUUGCCACAGUAUUGUCACUACCCCAAUAGAAAUUCUUUGUAGACGCCAGAUCCAAUCUUUUCCUUCCGAGUUAACAUACACCAUUCAAAUUUUGAGGGAAAAUUGGAGCCUUGUUUUGGUUAAAUUUGAUUUACUUAUGUAUUCAGAUCCUCUCAUGUCAUAUCCAGCCAUAACCAGACAGUUUCUUUGCUCUCUAGCUAGAUAAACAUUUAUACGUGUGUGAGCAUUCCAAGACCAAAUUUACAUAAUUCACUUUUUUUUCCAUUCACCCAUCUUUAACCUCUUUUGGUGAUUCACUUUCUAUCUUGAAUACUUUUAAUGUUUUACUUCUUUUGCCCCUUUUUAAUAAGAAUGGCUUUCAUAUAUAUUUUGGUGUCAUUCAAGAUUUAAAACUAAUGCCUUGGCAUGCUAUUAUUGUAUCUUUGCUUAUCUGAUGGCACAUAAAAAAAACAGUAAUCUGACUCAAGAAAGGCAUAAGAAAAUAAUAGGCAUCAAGCACUCAAGAUUUUAGUCAAAUUUGCUGUCAUAAUUUAGUAGCCCUCAAAAUUCAAUUUCCUACAAUUUUAUAUUUUAAAGAUAGAAAUAUGUACAUAAUAUAUUGAUUAACAUUUCAGAGCCAAUUAUGGCGAAUUUAUAUGCAGUGGAAAGGAAUAAACUGGCACUGGAUAAAAAAAUUGUAUAUGUGGAUAGUGUAGAUGAAAACAUCUUAUAUAUUACAUAUGACAAGCCAUUCUAAUUCAACUUGAUAUUUUUAUGGAGCCAAAGCCUGCUUAACAUAGUCUCCUUCAUGGCUUAAUGCAGCUUCGUUACCAUGGUUUCUUUAUUAACAUACUAACAUAGAGCUAUACUAGUCCAUUGAUAUUUAGCCAUAAGUGUUAACUGCUGCUCAAAAAGCUGUUAGUAUAACAUGAUUUUUCUGUUGAUUUGAAUAUGUAAAAUAAUAUUGCCAAAACUACCAGUGAUUAGCAAUGUAGUUGCAUAAAGAAAAUAUUUAAUAGUGCAUAUAUAUCUGCCUCUGUUUUAUGUAUAUGAUUUUAUUACAGCUC